AUUCACGUGUGCACACUUCUAGAAUUUUAACUUUGUGUACGGAAUACAUUUAAAGAAAUAUUAAAGCGAAAUGUCAAUUCACUGCAGAACUUGUAGGGAACCGAUUUUCAAUCUCAAACCCAGAAACAUUUUUAGUCAUGAAAAUGAAGAUAUUCGGCACAACAUCCUCGCCAUUACUGGCAUUAAGUUGUUUUAUGAUCCGUGCUUGCCUAGCCAUAUAUGUUCCUGCUGUUAUUUGGACUUAAGUCAUUCAAUGGCAUUUCGAGAGCGCUGCUUAGAGUCGGAAAAGCAACUGGCGGCCGUAAAGAAAGAAGGAGCCACUAAAACCAAAGUGUUUGCAGUACACUCCAGGCAGAUUGAUCCAUUGGAUGACCAAGAUCUUAGUGAAGAUGAAAUUAAAUUUAAAAAUGAAUUCAACGACACACUUGACAACCCCGAAAAUAGUACAGCCUCAGUUCGAAAAGAAGACAAAUUAAAGAUAGAAGAACGACAAAAACUGUCGACUCCAAGCCAUCUAUCGCCUCGAGUACGUCUUAUGCGUUGUCGAGAUCCAAGUGCACCUCGCCAAACAGCAACCCACCCCGCAAAAUCAGUGCAUACAAACCCGCCAAAGAAUGGAAUGCAGCCGUUUGGGUCAUCGUCACAUCCUGCUAUAGUAUCAAGGUAUACGACAGCUCGGCCAACGGCAUCUAUAGCUCCAAGGCCGUCGAAGAGUAUAAGUAAACCAGGUGUACAACAGAAAUAUCAACCACCUCCUCGCCAUGAUGAAGUAAGAAAACCAUAUAGAUAUAGGCCCCCGCCAGAAGAGAAGAAAUAUGUAUGUGACCAGUGCGGAUGGGUCUUCCGCGAUUUGAGCAACAUGAAGGAUCAUGCAUUGCGACACUCGGGAGUAAAAAAGUUUGAAUGCGAGGAGUGCCGCAGUAAAUUUUUCACCCGGCCAUUAUUAUUGCUUCAUAUACGUGUGCAUCACAAAGGCGAGAAACCUUUUGUAUGUAAAUACUGCGGCAUGGGUUUCCGCAACAGUCCCAGUCGCUGUCGGCAUGAGCGAAAAUAUCAUGCAAACGAAUUACCUUUCGAGUGCAGCCUUUGUACCAGAACGUUUAUAAGCAAAAUAAGCUUGGAAAAGCACAGACUAGUGCAUAUCACUGGAGAAGCAACUCAUAGCUGCAAAACAUGCAACAAGUCCUUUAAGGGAGCACAAUAUCUAAGAAAUCAUUACCUUACAAAGUUCCAUCUGAGAAGAGUUAACCAGAUGGUAAAAGAUGAUUUUGAUGAAUCGGAAAUGACUACGAUCAGCGAUGAAGAUAUAGACUUUGAUUUUGCCGAUUCUAUUAUUGAAGAACUCGAUGAAUAAACCAAUAACCGCAA